AAAAUGGCGAAAACAAUGAGCGUAUAUAUAUUCUAAAACCCUUCAAAUUAGGGUUUUAGGAUUUUCUGGUAAGCCCUCAAAACGGCCAAUAUUCAAGCAAAACGCGAGCCACCACCACCGUAGCCAUAUAUAUACUUUAGCCCCCGUUUCUACUUAUCACCAUCACUGAUGUUUGCUUUCAGAACCCUAUAUUCAUCUCUCCAAAAUGGUGGAUUCUCAUUCUCUGCAGAGCCCCAAUUCUUCUAAAGAUAAAGAGAGCUUGCUCACUUCAGAGUUUAACUUGGAGGACCUUUCUUUUACGGUUGCCGAUUCUUUUCUUAAUUUCGAUUACAUAGAAAACUGGAUUGAAGAGAACCCAGAACCGCGAAAUAGCAUGGCUACUCAUUUGAAACAAAGCCCUGUUGUAUCGAGCUCAGAGGAGGCUGAACCCGUGAUGUUUGAUGGAGUGCCUGACUUGGGAUCAUCUGUUGAUAAAGAUAGAAAUGAGGAGGGUUUAGUCGGAGAAGAGGGUGAAGUAUGGGGACUUUCAGGUUCUUUGGGUCAAGAGACUGUUGGAGCUGUGGAAAUUGAGAAGUUUGGUGAAAUGGGUUGUCAAAGUUCCGGUGAGAGAAUUGAAGGUGAAGAGAGAUGUUUACCUGAGAUUCAAACAAGAAAAGUCAGUUUGGAUGGAGAAGUAAAUAAUUUGGUUUCGGCAUUUCAUGGCAUGAAUGGGCUAAAAGAGGAUGGAAAUGGUGGAGGGGUGAUUGGUGGUUCUGAUGCUGUUAAGAGUGUUGAGUUAAGUUCUGCUAGUGGUGAGGGUACAGAAACUUAUGUGUUAGUAGGUAAUAGUGGUGAGGAUGGCGGGAUCAAUGAAAAGAUGACUAUUGAUGAUAAUGGACAAAAUGGCCGAGAACACGCAAGAGAUGGAGAUAGAGUCGAUGGUGAAUCAGAAUCUGAAAGUGAAGCCCAAUCUUCCUCCUCAUCUAGUAGUGAGAGUAGUAGUGAUUCAGAGUCCGACAGUGAAAGUGAAUCUGAGUCCAGCAGUGAUGAGGAUGAUGAUGAUGUCAGGAAUCAAAAGGUGAAGGGGAAGAAGACUGAUGAUAUGGAGACUGAAGAAGGGGAGAUAGUGGCAUCUGAAACAGAAGAGAUGGUUGCUUGGAGUGAUGAAGAGGAUGAUGGCACCGGGGUUACCUCAACAGGGCCUCUUAGGUCCAAAAAUGAACUUACGGAUCUUCCUCCAGUUCCUCCAGUGAAUGUGACAUUACAGCCCCACCAUCAAAUCCUGCCAAUUGGAACUGUUUCAUCAGUACUAGGUGCCCAGGUCAUUGUAGAGGGGGUUGAAAAGCACAAUCCUCUUAACGAGGGUUCUAUACUGUGGAUUACUAAAAGUGGAUCUCCUCUAGGGCUUGUGGAUGAAAUCUUUGGUCCAGUGAAGAAUCCUUACUACAUCGUAAGAUACAACUCAGAAAGUGAAAUACCUGCUGGGGUCGAACCUGGGACUUCCAUAUCUUUUGUUCCAGAAUUUGCAAAUCAUGUCCUCCAUGAUAAGAGUCUCUAUCAGAAAGGUUAUGAUGCAUCUGGUGCAAAUGAUGAAGAAAUAACCGACAAUGAAGAAUUUUCAGAUGAUGAGAAGGAGGCAGAGUACAAAAAAAUGCUGAAGAAAAAUAAAAGAGGAAAAAAUGAUGAAAAAGCUGGAAACCAGGGAAAAGAUGAAAAGAAAUUUGGGAACCGAUCAAAGAAUUGGAAACAGAAUCCGAGAAAUAACACACAAGAACCUAUGCAGGGGACUAAGCAGCCUGUUGAUUCUUCCAGACAUCAUAUGCAGCCGCCUAACUUUUCACCGAAUCAAGGCCAUCAGUCUCUUCCCGCUCGGCCACUAGGGCAAGGCUUUGCUCCACCACCUUUCGCACCACCAGCAUCCGCCGGUUUUGGUACAUUUCCUGGAGGUGUAAACGGAAUCCCUGUUCAGCAGCCACAAAUUGUUGGCCUACCUCAGAUGCCAACAAAUGGGAUGCAAAUGCUGCCGUCGAUGUUUGCUCAGCAGCUUUUUCAAAUGCCUCCAGGAAGCAGAUUCCCAUUUCCACAACAAAUGAAUGCAACUCCACAAAUGCCUUCUAACUUGGUUCUACCAGGCUGUCAGCCAGGUUUUGGUGCUGGGGCUGGAUUUUUGCCUUGGCCUGCAUGCUUGGGCCAAAACGCAUUUAUGCCAGCUUCUCCAUUUGGAAUGGUGGGAACUCCCCUUCAACAGGAUUCUCUCCCCUUGAAUGCUGGACAACAAGCUUUGGCUCAACCAGCCGUACCACCCAUCCAACAGGCUUCGGCCCCCACAAAUGCAGGGCACGAAGCUUCACCAUCUAGCAUAUCUUCGGUGGUGUACAAGCAUGAUUCACAGCAGCAACCUGCUUUUUCCAGUAAACCGGACACGCGCCAAAGCUUUAAUCAAGGCAGACACAACGGUGGAGGUAGGAAAUCAUGGCGCCGGGGUGGUGGCCGGUUUCGAGGUGGAAGAGGCGGUCAAAAUUCUGGCUAACCUCAUUGUAUAGUAUUUGGUUCGACGGCCUUAGCAGCAUGAACCAUAUUUUUCCAGUUGCUAUUAUCUAUUGUUACCUGCGGAGUCCAUUUUCAUAAGACUAAGAUAAAUUCUUGUUUUACUAAUCAAAUUUGCAUGCUCAUCAUGCUCUAAUUUCUUUUAUAUUCAUUGUGCCUGUGGAAAAUGGUAGUAAUAGUUUUGAUGAGCUCUUAUUCUAUUAUUAACCCUAAAUUGAAAAGUAG